GCUCCCCAUCUACUCCACCUUUUUUCCCUGGCAGACAAUUUCUCCUCGAUAGCUCUCUGGAUUUUCGAAUCAUUGCUCUUCCCCGCUGCCUGGCCAAGACAUCGAGUCUCGAGUCAUCGCGAAACAACAUGCCACGAGUCAAUUGAUCUAAGCCGACCUGAUCGCGACAAAUUGGCUGCAUCCUCAACGGGGCCAUCAAUUGAGUGUUGAAUAUGUUUUCGUAUCUGCGACCACAUCAUAAGCGCACGCCUUCCAAUCCUACGUCGCCCGCGGAGCAGUCACAUUCCUUCGAAUCUCCUCUUCACGACCACGGUCAUCCUCCACGAGAUGUACUUCCUCCCGAACCAACGCGUCCUCCGCCACCUCCAUUACCCCCCAUAGCACGCGUCUCAUCCGCAGAUUCAGAAGAAGACUUGAGAAGUGGCAGAUUUAAGAGGGAUCCAAGAGCACAGAAUGUGGACUUUCAAAGGGAUAAUACGCGACCUCGAGAUAUACAUGCGUUCAGCAAUCACCAAAGAUUACCGUAUGCAGGAAUGCAGCGACCAGAAUCAGCUGGAAAUGCAAUCCCUUCGAAUUAUACCAGUCAACCCAAGCCCACUUUCGAGUUGACAUCUCGGCCAAGACCUCCAGAUUCCGGACAGACAUUCGCAGAUCAGAAUCGGCCACAAGGCAGACGACCGAAUGGCGCAAGGUUACCAAGUCCUCCACCAGCUCCUCCAGUUUCUACAUUUGAACCAGUUCAGCAACGAUCUGGAAAGGCGAGGCUAAAUCUUUUGAACCCGAUGUCACUACUUGCACGUCGAAGAACAUCACAAGCAGUUGCACAAUUAGCACCAGAGUCACUCGUGUCGAACAGAGGGAAUUUCUCUGAGACCUUUGACCCCAGAAUUCGAGGAACGGUUGUCCAUGAUUUCAGUGCACCACGACCUCGAAGGAACGUGUCCUAUAACGAUGUCCGAGAGGAUACCACUGCCCCCAAACAAUUUCAAAGAAGUCCUCACGGAGAUUUGCAACCUUCAGAUGACAAUGCCACUAGUCCGUGGAGUGGCGGGAACCACACACCAGUUUUCACGGAGAAUUUCGAAGAAGAGCAAUAUCCUGCGGCUGGCCCCCAUGUACGAAAGGCCAGUGACUUGACAGAUCUGCCAUUACCUCAACCCCCAUACGCUAAAGGCUCUCAGCAAGUAGCUGAUCCGCGUGCGGCUACAAAAAGCAACGAGAUUUCUCAAAAACAAAUCCAAGAUGUGCGGAGGUUAAGUGCACGGAAGCCCGUCCCAGGAUUGCCUCCCCCAGUCCCGCCGAAGAAUGAGGGACAACCUGAGCCACGACGCAUCUCAAUAGACCCGGGGGCUACACCUCCCAAGCCGGCCUCGUCGAAGAAAGGUCGACCGCGGGGUGUCUCGGAGGUGUCGGCUAAGGAUGGCAUUCCGAAACAUAUGAAGAGCACUUCAUCACGAUUCAGCUUCGAUAUGAUUGGUGCUGCUGAACAAGAAAGAUUAUUAGAAGAUAGACAUCGUCAAAAAGCUCUGGAACGAAAAGCGGAAAGUGCAGACGAAGAUCGGUUGGAAGAAGAGUUCGAAAAUGAUUAUGAUUACGAUAACAUGGAUGACGAUGAUGGGCUGGAAGAACGAAUACCAGGCGUCAAUGCAGACCUUGAAGACGAGGACGAUCCCUACGCGGACCUCGAAGAGCCCAUACCGGGUAUCAACACAGAGCUGGACGAAGAAGAAGAUCCGUACGAAGUCCCUCAGGACGACGAGCAUCUUGGUGGUUUUACUUUUCAGCAGUCAACAUUAGCUACUCCGAUGAGUCCAUCUAGCCCUGGAAUGGUGAGCACUCCACGAGAUAUCAACGGUGAAGUCAUAGGCUUUGCGAUGACAAGGAAUUCUCCACACAUGGCACAGGGUAUGCAGGAUCCAAGUCAACCAUCAACUUCCCCAGUUUCUCCUGAGUUAAAAACGACCAUCGACCCACCCUUUCAAGGUCUUGGACUUCAUGGGAUCGAUAUUCAAUCUUUCAAUGGAGUCAAGCCACAAGUCCAACCUCAGGUGGAUGAAUUUCCACGUCCUGCGGCUUUGGAUGAUGAUGAUCUUUAUUUCGAUGAUGGGAUAAUUACAGGACCUGGUGAUGAAGAAGAUGCUGUAGAAUUUGAUGAGUCUAUCUUCGACAAUGUUGAUACCGACGAAUAUGGAAGGCCACUAAAAACACUUUCUUCAUUACCGACCUUAUACAAUCCGCCAAUGCUCGGACCAGACAAGCCAUUGUCCCCAGCCAAGACGAACAAUGAACCAGAAAGUGCUGCCUCACCUAGAACAAUCGGUAGACUAGCUCCACAGCCAUCCAUCUCAGAACCGAACAAGAAUGUUAUGGGUCCUCCGCAGUCGCAGGGUUUGACACAAGAUUCUCUCGCAGCAUAUCAAACAGCCCUUGCAGAAGCUGCGUUCACAGCUGCAGCGAACGGCAAAUUCCGACGUGACAGCAUCCCACCACCGACUCCAUCUGAACAAGAAGACACCCAACCCGGUCUGGUCCCAGACUCGAGCCAUACCUCACACUACGAACCUUUUUCUCCCUCAUACGAAUUAGAAGAUGAUUUUGACUACGACGAUGUCCUUGAAGAUGAUCCAAUAAUUGCAGCUGCCAACGCUGAAGCGCUUGCUAAUGAUUGUGAUGGCUUUUACGGCCAAGAAUUCGGAUUCUACUCCGCACCUGCUGCUUCGGAAGCCGAAUAUGCGAAUGGUGGCUACUUUGGUCCUAGAGGAGUGGAAGGCGUACUCCGAAGUCAAAGUGGAAGAGUAGCCUCGAGAGAACCAAAUUUGACCCCGAUCACCGAAAGAAGCGAGUACUCCAACAGGAACAGCUUCAUGAGUCUGUCCAUGCAUGGUCCAGGAAGCGUUUCAAGUCCCGGUCUAGCCCAAUUGACCAACAUGCUUCGAAGUCCAGCAGACUACGAUGGAGAAAUGAGUCUUGAUGCCCUUCUCAAGUUACGAAACAAAGCUUGGGGUGGCAGUCAAGCCAGUCUCCAUAGUAGCAAUGGAGGAAGUCCUCGAAGCGCAGGUGGCUUGGAGGAAAGUAGCCCCAUAGGACAACUGAAUCCAUGGCAACAGAGCGUUCCCACAUCAGCACAAGGCCAUCGACGGAAGAACAGCACAUUCAGUCUCGUCAGCGAGGAAGCUAGCGCAACCGAUACUCCCGGAGCAAUACAAAGCGAGGCAGGAUCACCGCCCGGAAGUCCGACAUUAACGAUGAGUUUUGCGUCGUUGGAUAAUAGCAGCAACAAUAUGAAUACAAAUACCGGCGCGAGAGAUGAGAGGGAUAAAGGCAUCAAGAAACAUCGUUAUACGGGUAGUGCAGAAAGUAUCAGUUAUCUGAAAGAAGAUGAUCCUGUCACGGGCGAGAGGUGGAUCUUAGAACGGAGAAGAACGGCUGAAAGUGGCGAGGUAGAAUUCCUUGGACGAGAGGUCGUUAGCGGUGGUAGGAUAUGAAAGUCAUUAUAUCUGUAUUAUAUCGAGACAAAAUAGCGGUCCCU